UUCCUUCGAUCCCUGUCUUCCUCGUCUUCCCCUCUCUGCAACAAAGGGCACAGUCUCCUUUGUUCCUCACCUUCUCUCUCUAGAAGCUUUCUCUCCUUUGCUUUCAGGAAAGGUGCGGCUUCGUCACGUCAGCUUUGCUCUUCUGUAUUCGUAUUCAGAGACUCGUAUUACUAUCAUCUGCGGGGGAAACUCAAGUAUAUAUCGAUUACCAAAUUCCUGAAAGAAAGGGAAAACCUGUAUUGACAAGUUAAUGGUGCAGAUUUGUAUCUGGUGAUGCAACUGGUGGUGUUGAUAUAAUAGGGUUAACAUUGUUGCAUAUUUGAGCAUGGGUGCUGUUUGUUGUGUUGCUUCCAAAGAUACAGAUAAAACCAGACAAAGUGGAUCAGCUAAUGAAAUUUUACAUCGAAACAAUCGCUACUCCCCAACAUGGAGUUUUCGUUGGGACCAUCGAAGACGUGUGGCUGGUGAAGAUGCCUCUAUAAAUUGGCUUUCUGAUGGUGUUAGCCAGAAUGAUGGAUCAGAAGACAAAAAUGACUCAGCAUAUAAGUCAGAUGAUGGAUUGUCAUUGCAGACUUGUGAAGGUCAUAGAGGGCAAAAAUCACCAAUUUCAGAAGGAACUGCUGAACAUGCAAGGACUUUCACUUCAGAUCAACCUAAUUCAAGGAGUGUCUCCAUGGAUGGGAGUAUGGAGCAGGUGAAAGGGUCAGUAGAAUCACCUAUGGGAUCAAGCACAUCCCCCUCUAAACCACAAUUUUCAAUGCCUUCAACCUCCUUUCUUGCGUCUCCUCUUUCAUUCCAAAGUCACCUAUCUCCAGCAAGUCCAGCACUAUUAAGGCAACGCUGCCAUUCUCCUGGAAACCAAAUACUACGGCAAGUUUCUCCUGGUCAAAUCCCAGGAUUCAAGUCUCCAAGCAGCUUACCUGCUUCAGAAGAAAGGUCUGCGUUUCCUUCUUGGAGCAAUGAGUCACGUAGGUGCUCCCAAGGUGGUUCUUCUGAUGGCUGGUCUAUACCUGGCUUUUCUGAGCCAAUGGGUACUUCCCAUGGAGGAAGAUGGUCAUUUGACAGUGAGUCCUUUGGAUUUGAUGAUGAAAAGUUUGCUAGAACCAGUAGCCAGAUUUCAGCUUCGCUCACUGAUGUGCAUACAUGUUGUGUUUGCUCAAAGCUUUUAACUGAGAGGUCUUCCUGGAGCGCCCAAAAGAUAAUUGCAAGUAAUGAACUUUCCGUAGUUGCUGUUCUUGUCUGUGGACAUGUUUAUCAUGCUGAAUGCUUGGAGAGCUUGACGCCUGAAAUAAACAAGUACGAUCCAACUUGCCCAGUCUGCACCUGGGGUGAGAAACAAACUUUUAAGUUGUCUGAAAAAGCUCUGAAAGCUAGAAUGGAGUUUAAGGCUAGAAACAAGAGGUCCAUGAAUCGAGUUGUGGAUAGUGGCACUGAUGAUGAUUCAAUCGUGUUUGAUCACUUCAAGGGUGGUGGGAACCAACAUAAAGUUUCUCGGAUGCGCUUGAAUUCCAGUGGAAGAAACUCCUCUGGGAAACCCUUUCUGAGGCACUUUUCAUUUGGUUCAAAGAGUCGCAAAGACUCGUCAGAUAAUCCCCUUACAAGAAAAAAGGGCUUCUUUUGGUCUAAAUCUAGCAAGUAAAACGAUGCCUCUUGGCUCUUCAGGAGGUAAGUUGAUUUGUCUUCGUUUUGUUGCUUGCCUCAGCUAAUCAAAAUUGCAUGCGUAGCGUUGCCUUCUGCCAUACAUUAGCAUCAUACUAUUAAAGGUGUGCUUUUUAUUUCCUUGUGUAGUUAAGCAACUAUUGCACACGCAGAUUAUUUUUAUCUGGGGUUGGUUUUAUGUGGAACAGAAAUUAAAAUUUAACCUUUAGUAUUCCCAAUCUGUACAUUCUAAGCACUUUGCAGUUUUUUCCCCCGCGUUAAUGUAUGCCUAUUCUUCUUUCUCUUAUUAAAGCAGGCUACAGUGUUGAUCUUCUCCCCAACCCCAGACAAAAGAUUAUGAGGAGGGCUGGAUGUUAUUAAGUUUUGAUUUUGAGCUCCAAUCUGUGAUUACAACAGGAUCAGAGGCUGAAGUUACCUUCUAAAAGUUGAAAAAGUGCAGGAUUGGUUUAAUAUAGAAGGUUAUGUUGUUUUGAGACCAGGGUUCUUAUUUUGUACAGAUGGCCUAGUUUAUUGAAUGGAUAUAUAGUAUUCACACCCAAAUUAAAUCGGGAAUGCGCUGAUGAUAUAUAGAUGAUGCUUGCCGUUUGCCCUUGGCGAGCUUCUGGUGUGAGGCGAUGAUUUUUAGGCAAAAUAGCAAUUAUUUGUAUUGACAAGUUGCUCGCUUGUAAUGAACAGUUUUCAUUAACGCUUUGCCUGUAGCAGACUGAAUUCGACGCUUUUUUCCCCCAUUUUUCAUGUAUGCAUCACCCACUUAAUUAAA